CCUUCCGAUGGGAGAAAGUGAACACCCAAAUAAGAGGCAAGCUGCAAACAAUGUAACAAGUUUCCUGCAAAGGAUGUCCAAAAAUGGUAAUGAUGUGAAUCCAGACUGGCUGGGUCUUCAGCAUUUCUCCAGUCUGUGUCAGGAUGGGGGCAACCAAGAGUGUCUCAUUGAACAGGAUGGUGCCGAUUUCUCCACCAUUUUCGCAAAAGAUUUGCUGCCAGCUAAGAACGGUGAGGAACCCACUGUGCAGUUUUUAGUGGAGGCCUUUGAAAUUCUGCUGAAUUACAUCAGAAAGACAUUCGACAGGACGUCAAAGAUCCUGGACUUCCACCAUCCCCACCAGUUUCUCAAAGGACUGGAAGGUUUCAAUCUGGACCUGCCUGACCACCCAGAAUCUCUCGAACAAAUCCUCGUCGACUGCAAAGUUACAUUAAAAUAUGGAGUCAAAACAGGCCACCCUCGCUUUUUCAAUCAGCUCUCAAGUGGACUGGACAUCAUUGGGCUAGUAGGUGAAUGGCUGACAUCUGCAGCAAACACCAACAUGUUCACAUUUGAAAUUGCUCCAGUGUUCACAAUCAUAGAAGAGGUGCUUUUGAAGAAAAUGUCUACAGUGCUUGGAUGGUCUCAUGAUGAAACCGAUGGGAUUUUCUUACCUGGAGGGGCCAUGUCAAACCUCUACAGCAUCUUGGUUGCUCGUUAUAAGCGUUUUCCUGAAGUGAAGACUGAAGGUGUAGCCAGCUUUCCCAGGAUGGUCUUAUUUACUUCAGAACUUGGCCACUACUCAGUUAUGAAAGGUGCUAUGGUACUUGGGUUUGGUACACACAGUGUGGUUCCAGUAAAAUGCAACAGCAGAGGAAAGAUCAUUUCAGCUGAAUUGGAAGCAAAUAUCAUUGAAGCUAAGCAAAAGGGUUUUGUUCCUUUGUACAUCAAUGCUACAGCUGGAACUACCGUGUAUGGAGCAUUUGAUCCACUCAAUGAGAUUGCAGAUAUUUGUGAAAAGCACCACCUUUGGAUGCAUGUUGAUGCAGCUUGGGGUGGUGGUUUAUUGAUGUCUCAGAAGCAUCGUUAUAAAUUAGCAGGGAUCGAAAGAGCCAACUCUGUAACAUGGAAUCCACACAAGAUAAUGGGCGUCCCUCUGCAGUGUUCAGCAAUUCUAAUCCAUGAAAAGGGCUUGCUCCAGGACUGCAAUGAAAUGUGUGCACAGUAUCUGUUUCAGAAUGACAAGCUGUAUGAUGUAUCGUAUGAUACAGGAGAUAAAACAAUUCUGUGUGGCCGUCAUGUUGAUGUCUUCAAAUUCUGGCUGAUGUGGAAAGCAAAGGGCACAUCAGGUUUUGAGAAGCAAAUCAAUAAAUGUUUCGAACUUGCAGAGUACCUGCACAGCAAACUCAGAGGAAGAAAUGACUUUAAGCUGGUAUUUGAUGAUAAACCCGAGCACACCAAUGUGUGCUUCUGGUACAUUCCACCGAGUCUCCGAGAAUUGCCUGAAAGCGCAAAGAAGGAUAACCAGCUUCAUCAGGUGGCGCCAAAGAUUAAAGCUCGGAUGAUGGAGGAAGGGUCAUUGAUGGUUGGAUACCAGCCGCAAGGAGACAAGGUGAAUUUCUUUCGCGUGGUUUUUUCCAAUCCAGCUACAAACAAAUCUGAUGUCGACUUCCUGAUUGAAGAAAUCACGAGACUUGGGAAGGAUUUAUAACAAGCAAACGUGUGAAUUUGGAGCAGAAUAUGGCUAUUCAGCCCCUCAAGUCUGUUCACCAUUCAAUAACAUCAUGGCUAAUCUUUUUUUGUAUCAAAUUCUACACUCCUGUCUAUCCCCAUUAAUCCUUCAUUUCCUUGCCCGUCAAAAACCUAUCCCUCACCUUAAAAGUCCUCAAUAUCCUCCCACCCCAUGCCCCCCGUCCCCACCUCUACCACAUUCUGAGGCAGAGAUUUCCAAAAUCACGCAAUCCUCCAAGAGCAAAAAAAUAUACACUCAUCUCUGCCUUCUAAACUCUACAUAUCCUUUGAUAAAAUGAUGGUGAAACUUUGCUUUAGCUUAUUUGUGCUGAGAACCAUUUCACUUUGGAGCAAAUUCAUGUUCCCAGUGCCAUCAAAUCAAACUAAGCAAUUAGCAUAUUGACUGUCUGUGGCAUUUCUUUAAAGAUCUAAGCAAGUUGAUACCAUCAUCAACUGAGGAGUUUGCUGGGCUGUUUCACAGGGCAACCUAAGAGUUAACCACGUUGCUGUGGGUCCGGUGUCACUUAUAGCUGAGACCGGGUACUGGCCGUGGAUUUCCUUCCCAAAACGUUAGUAAAUCAGAUCAGGUUUCACAACUGCAAUAUUUAACGUUUGCUAUUGCUUGCUUGUUUAACUAAAGUUGAAAAAGAUGAAAGAAUUUGAAUUCAUAACACAACAUCAUGCUGUUGGAGAUAAUAAAAUGUGAGGCUGGAUGAACACAUCACGCUGUUGGAUUUCUCUAGUCUGAUACCAUAAUCGCUGUGCUACUUGGAUGGGUUUUUUCCCAUGCUGUUUUGGGAAAACCACAGGGUCUUCUUUCUUUCACGUACUAACAACAAAUAAAAAAUCAAAUCGAGUGUCAACCUCUGAUUCAGAGAGACAUGCCAAAGCUUUUCUACUCCCAGAGCACUUUAAUCCUCCAUCUAUAUUGAAAAUCGGAGCAUUCACCGUGGUUGAUUCAGAGGUGCUCCUGAAUGUUUGUGAGGAUAGUUCAAUUGUUCCAGUUGUAAUAUGAGGUGCUUGGUAAGGAAUCUAGUUGACGUGCCACAUUUUACCCAAACAUUGGUGCAUCAUUGAGGCAGGGGCAAUGACAUACGCAUUGUUGAACUGCAAUGCUUUGGGUUCAAUUCCCACUCCAGUGCUUGGAUGCAAAAAUCAAGGCUGAUACUGCAGUAUGACAGCUGCUAUCUUUCAAAUAAAUCAAAUCGAGAGCCUAUUGCUUGUGAAACAAAGAGCAGGGGAGUUGUCCCCAUUGUUCUCACCUCAGUAUUUAUCCCUCAAUCAAUAUCAGGACAAACAAAACAGGUUCAGAUUAUCUGAGAUAAUGGGAACUGCAGA